AUGGCAGUGAAAGCAGAUGCGGUUCAGAGCGCUUCUAUCUUAUUGACGCCGAGCGGGCUUGUACCGAAUAAGACUCGAAUGGAUACUUCACCACGGAGUCCCGAGGAUUUCAUCCCAAUAUUGUCAGAAUCGACGGAAACAUCCAAAGCGCAAUCCAAGGAGAAUCGAGAGCCAAUUUUCUCUUACCCAACCGUGGAACCACCCUUGGCACACAAUUCAAGAGAACCAACAGAAGUUGCGAUUAUGCCGGCUCUCACUAAAGAUCAGUCUGAUGCAGAGGCAGUUGUUACUAUUGCUUCCAGUCUUCUAGGAUUGGAAAUUUCUGAGUUGCUCUCGAGGGCUAGAGUUGAUGCAUCGCCAACUCUCGACAAUCUUUGCUCAUGGAGUGCCAUUCCUCUUCUUUUCUAUGACUUUCUAAUACCAGUAAUGUCGAAGAAAGCAUUGGGCGUAAUAUUCCAUUCAAUCACGAAACUGAUGCUACAAGAAAGUCAACCAGUCCUUCGUUAUCUUCCGGUGCAACUAUAUACAACAAAGUUUCUUCCAAUCCACGGAAAUAGUGAAAAAGCUAUAAGAGGAAUACCAAAUUACGGUCAGACAUGUUUCCUUAAUGCAGUAUUACAGGCGCUGGCACCACUAGAACCACUCUUAUGCUAUUUAGAGGGGAUUGUGCGAAUACGAGAGCAAAACUUUCCGAAACAAGUGUCAGCUUGUUUCAGUCAUCAUCUUCUGCAAGUGCUAAAGUGUGUCAAUGGAGACAUUCGGUGGAAUAACCAACAGGAUGCACAGGAGUUAAUGGAAGCCUUGGUCAAUAUUGUAUUGAGCGAUGCGAGAUCUAUUUCUGACGUGCCCUGUCCCAUUUUUCUAUCCUUGGAGCACAUGAGUGCAAAUAGCUCGAAUGAAAUCUUGACUGCAGGAAUAGUUGGAGACGGUAACCGAACAAUCAGGGAGCUCGAUAAUCACGGCGACAGAAUUAAUGUAGAACAGAGUUGCUGUGUUGUUUUCUCGGACGUACUUCAUCGAGUUGAACUUGACGAGACUCAAUGUUCGUCUGCGCACAAGAACUAUGCCCAGCACCCCGGGGGUCGUGAGAACAGCGAGCAAGAAGGUGAUCUUCGGGAAUCAAAAGUUGCCACACACGUGUCGGAGUUGAAAACAUCGAUGCAGCCAGAAUUGCUGACAGCCAUGGAACCAUUCAACGGAUGGUGCGGUUCCGUCCUCCGAUGCAUCAAAUGCAAAUACAUACGGCCGAUUCGAAAUGCACCCUUUUUGAGUAUUCCACUAGUGCCGACUGCGGUGUUGCAUUAUAACUUUACAAACUUGGAGCGAGUUAGCGAUGUUGAAUGUCCCCAGUGUACUAUGCAGCAAGAAAUCAAGGAAUUGAGAGACGAGCAGAUUCUAUUGCGUGGUGCCAUUGAUUCGAUUGAAAAAAGGCCUCGACGAGCUGCAAAUUCCAUGUCGCACCAAGCACUCAGAAGUGAUCUGUCAAGAGUUCAAAACAGAUUAUCCUUUUUGGAGAUAUCAGACCCUGAUGAUGCCUACACCGCCUCAGGUCCAAGCGAUGACGAUAUUUCGUGUUUACCAGCACUGCGAGGAAUGCCAUUGCUUCGUACCGAUGCGUCGAAAUGCCUUACAUUGACUCGGUACCCGAAGGUGUUGUGUUGCCAUAUACAACGUCUAUUUGUCGACAUUGCAACAGGGAAGACAGAAAAGUGCCCGCAGCACGUUCAGUUCCCGCACCUAUUGGAUCUCAGCAGAUACUGUACAUACAACCAGAAAGCUGACACAUCCUGGGCCGCGGGAAACCUUAGCAAUGCUGGGUUGCCACAGUGCCAGGAGGAAAAUCCUCUUCUCUAUCGUCUGAAGGGGGUUAUUCAACACAUUGGGACAGCUGAUUUCGGUCAUUAUGUCACCUUCCGCGAAAAUGGGCGCGGAGAAUGGUGCCGAAUUUCUGACAAUACUGUAACCCCAGUGUCAUUCGCAGAAGUGAGAAGUUGCCAAGCGUACAUGAUAUUUUACGAGAUAACUGCAAACAGCGCAUCUUGA